AUGACGGGAACCCGACACUCCUACAUUAAGUCGAGGUCCGGCUGCCAGAAUUGCAAAAGAAGAAAAGUCAAGUGUGGCGAGGAGACACCAUCUUGCCGCAACUGUGAGAGACGUGGGAAGGUGUGCAGCUUCCUGGGAAGUUCGGCCUCCUUGGCCGCCAAUCCAUCUUCAGCCUUGCCUCACGCUCAAUUGCCCAUCGGCAGCGCUGUCUCGCUGCCGAUACCGCGACCGCCAGGUACUGGUGAUGUCGGCUUUGGGCCGGCAGGCCUCACAAUGCUAGAUAUGGAGCUUCUACAUCACUACAGUAUAUCCACCGCACUAACGCUAUCUCUUGAUCUGACCUCGGGCAACUAUUUCCUUCGGAGCAUUCCGCAGCUGGGCUUCUCCCAUACAUAUGUCCUCCAUUCCGUCCUGGCACUGGCAUCGUCGCACGUGGCGCAUCUCCGACCAGAGUCGCGCCAAUACUACUACGAUCACUCCAGAGCUCGCCAUACCGCAGCCACGUCUAUGGCCACGCCACUCUUGUCUGACAUCUCGGCAGCCAAUGCAAUCCCUUUGUUCUGUUUCAGUUUGACAACCGUGUUUAUUGCCUUUGGGAGCCUCAGAGAUGAAGAUCAUGUGCCCUUCCAAGCGAGUUCCCUCAUACCAAGUUGGCUGGUCCUUUUCCGCGGCUUGCGCACCAUAUUGGAAGCAAAUAACGGUGCUCUCUUCUCAUCACCUGUUUCCUUUCUUUUCAAAACUACCGAGGUCAAGAGGUCAUGGGAAUUCAAGCAAGCAGACAUGAGGGCUCUACUAGAGUUCCAAGGAUUUAUCAAAACCAGUACUUCAGAGGAAGACGAACAAACACGACAACUGUUGCUUGAUGCCUUUCAAGAAGUCAGACGGGCCUUGUAUUUCUUCUACGACGGGAACUUUGGCAACGAAGUUAAAAACCGCAGCUUGUUUACCUGGAUGUACAAGAUUUCAGAUGGAUUCCUGUCGCUAGUUCAGCAGGGAAACAGAAAAGCACUCUGCAUCUUAGGCUUUGCUUGCGUGCUUGUCCACCAACUUGAGUGCAACUGGUGGUGUCAGGGCUGGGGGAUACGCUGGAUUGAGCGCGUAUAUGCGUCUUUGGAUAGCGUCCAUCGUUUCUGGAUAGCAUGGCCAAUUAAAGAGAUUGGAUGGGUACCCAAGCGCGAGACGGCCGAAUCCAAGAACAUAUAACACCGCACAACCUUACCUUCAUUCAAUGCUUCAACAACAUAUGCGCCAGGAGCGGCUUUCUUUAAUGCCGAAAAUACAGAUUUCGAAUUUGUAAUAAUCACCUAAUUUAUAACCCAA